AAAAUUUAAUCGACUCCAGAAUCGAAUUCAUUACUAUACAACUUUUUGUGUUGGGAACGAAAAAUACAUUUAUUUAAUUUUGAAACGCUCUUUAUCUUCUCUUCCUCCUCAUAGGCCUUGCUAUGAGCUCACUCACGCAUUGAAGAAGGCAACGGUCCUCGCAGCUCAAAUCUGCAAAUUAGGGCUUUUUUUUUUCCCCAACGGGUUCAGUUUAUUGAAGUUUUACAAUUUCGUGGUUCUGAAACUAUUAGAUGGGAAAUUGUUUGCGUUAGGCUCAAGCAGAUGAUGAUUCUGAUCAUACUGUGGAGUUUGCUCAAGCACGACACGUGGCGGUCAACGUCCAAUAAAACUGUGACACGUGACAGUCAAGGUUUGAAAUGGUUGUGUCACUGUGGAGAAGUCACACUGCUUCAUCAGCAUUGAACUUGUUCGCCAGUACUUUUUGCCGUUUUUCUUCUGGUUGUGUGGCAGAAGCAAUCAUAUCCACAACCACCAUCUCUCCCUGUUCUCCGUAUGCUUCAUCCUCUCCCAAACCCAAACACCCACAACACUUGAUCUCCCUUCUUCCCAGAGACCCUUCUCAACGCCAACCUCUCCAACAAGUCCACUCUCACAUCAUCACAUCUGGCCUCUUCUACAACCCUUUUCACAACACCCUCACUUGUUUACUCCUCUUCAACAACGUCAUCCGUUGUUACUCUUUUGGUCCUUAUCCCCAUGAAGCUCUUCACUUCUUCACAUACACCCAACACUGCCACAUUUUCUUGACAUACCCUUCCCUGGACACCUUCUCUUUUGCCUUCCUCUGCCAUGCUUCUGCCAAUCCAAAUUACACCCACUUUGGGACUCAGCUCCACGCCCUCAUUUUCAAGGUUGGUUUUCAGUUUCAAGUCUAUGUGCAAACUCGGCUGUUGCAAAUGUACUCUAGUUCGGGCCUUUUAGUUGAAGCAGCGCAAGUGUUCUACGAAAUGCAGCACAGAAACUUAGUUAGUUGGAAUGUUUUUAUUACUGGUUUGAUUAAAUUGGGUGAGGUUGAACUUGCUUGUUCCGUGUUUAAUCAGAUGCCUGCUCGGAGUGUAGUGUCAUGGACUCUUGUUAUUGAUGGAUACACACGAAGGAAUCAGCCCAUCAAAGCUUUAACUUUGUUUAGGAAAAUGAUUGAAGUUGAUGGUAUAGAACCUACGGAAGUUACUCUUUUGACCAUUUUUCCAGCUAUUGCAAAUAUCGGGUGCAUUAAGAUAUGCCAAUCAGUUCAUGGUUAUGUAGAGAAAAGAGGCUUCAAUGCCUUUGAUGUACGCAUUACAAAUGCAUUACUUGAUUUGUAUGCCAAGUGUGGAUGCAUAGCUAGUGUGAGUAGAUUCUUUCAGGAGAUACCUGACCAGAGGAGGAAUUUGGUAUCAUGGACUUCAACUAUCUCUGGUUUUGCAAUGAAUGGGAUGGGGAGGGAAGCUCUAGAGAGUUUUGAAAGCAUGGAGAAGGCUGGGCUGAGGCCGAACCAUGUGACAUUCCUCGGUGUUUUGAGUGCCUGUAGUCAUGGCGGGCUGGUUGAGGAGGGGAUCAAUUUCUUUGUUAAAAUGGUAAAGGAUUGGUGCCUUGUACCAGACAUCAAGCACUAUGGUUGUGUGAUAGAUAUGCUGGGGAGGGCUGGGAGGUUAGAAGAAGCUGAAAAGAUUGCUUUACAGGUACCUCAUGAGGUUGCCAAUGCUGUGAUGUGGAGGACACUGCUGGGUGCUUGUAAUGUUCAUAACAAUGUUGAAAUUGGUCAGAGGGUGACCAAUAAAAUACUGGAGAUGGAGAGAGGACACGGUGGAGAUUAUGUUCUUAUGUCCAAUAUUCUGGUUGGUGUUGGGAGAUUUAAGGACGCAGAGAAGUUAAGGGAGAUGAUAGAUAAGAGAAUUGCCUUUAAACUUCCUGGCUACAGUUUUGUCUAGAUGAUAUAUAUGUGCACGCCUGAAAACAGAUAGUUCAAGUGCAUGUUCAUGGCACCCAUGAGAGACAUUGGCUCUGAUAAUGGAGCUCCACAAAAGAAGAUUGUGUAGUCCCUCAAAAGGAAGGAUUGCAUCAAACACUUUGCCAGCGUCAGAGAGAAAGUCAAAGUGGGUGUAAACGGCUAUGAGCUUGGUGGCCAAGAAGAGCAAACUAUGCGCAGUGGUGAAAACCAACUGAGAGUGAAGUUAGAGAGCUUGUUGGAGAGUGAGGCAAUAUUGAAAAAAAGUGUUGAAGGAGUCAUUAAGUUCAUCAUUAUGGGUGACUAAGAAUGGUUGCAUGUGGAUGUGGGUGGUUGAACGAGAGAUGAUAAAAAUGGGUUGGAAUCGUUAAAAGAGUUUGCAGAAGCGCUCAAGGGCUGCAUUGAGCAUUAAUGAAGCUUUUAUUUCUCUCAGUCGUAGUGCCAGAGAUCAAAUACUUUCAAGGCCAGGUUUCAUGGGAAUCGGAAGAUGUAGGUGCAUAUUGGGGUGCUUUCUGGCCCAACUGCAGGGCUUAAUAAAUAUCCUUAAGAAGGUCCAAUCCAAACUUGCUGGUGUCAUGAAAUAGCUGAAGCAGAAUGGAAAGGAUGAGAUUUUUUUUUAAAACUUUUGGAAGGCGGAAAGGAUGAGAUUAUGUAUAAUAAAUUUAGAACAAUUUGGAAAUGCACCGAUAGUGUAAUACUGUCAUUACUUAUAAAUGUAUGAACGAUAAAUUUGUUGAGUUUAAUAAUAAUUACCUUAAAAGUUAUGUUAAAUUAA